CUGGGUGUUUCUGGUCCUGUUAUGGCAGGACAUGUCUUUGGCAUCGCAGUUUCCGACACAGCUCAUGAUUAAAGAAUGGGUUGAUCAGAUGCAGAGAGAGCUUGUCACCCUGGCAGACACGGCCACAGCUGGGAAGAGCCUCACUCAGAUUUUCCUGAGAAACCAGCACCUCUACACUGUGGAACAAAACGACGCAGAGGAGCUGGUGGCCAGAGCAGCCAGGAACAUUGAACAGCUGCUGCGGAAGAGGUCUGCUGCCUUGAAGAAACUGGCCACAGCUGCUGAGAAAUUCCAGAUGGAGCAUCAGUGGAAAGACGAGUUUGAGGAUGAUGAAAUCUCCUAUUACAACGCAAAGGACAAUCUGGAUGCAAAUGAGACAGAGGGAAGAAAAUACAGGAUUCGACCAGACUUUAAAGAGGACCCAUCAUUUAGGCGUUUGACUGAUCACAAUCACACAGCUGUCCACAUCCCAACUGACAUCUAUGAUGGCUCUACCAUUGUUCUGAAUGAGCUGAACUGGACGGAGGCACUGGAGGAGGUGUUUAGAAAGAACAGAGAGGAUGACCCGACUCUUCUCUGGCAGGUGUUUGGUAGCGCUGCAGGCCUGGCUCGCUACUACCCAGCUUCUCCCUGGAUGGAUGCUCGUAAGACUCCCAGUAAAAUUGACCUGUAUGACGUCCGCAGGAGGCCAUGGUACAUCCAGGGAGCUGCCUCACCCAAAGAUAUGCUAAUCCUCGUAGACGCGAGCGGGAGUGUGUCAGGCUUGACUCUCAAACUGAUCAGGACCUCCGUCAGUGAGAUGCUAGAAACUCUGUCUGAUGACGACUACGUCAAUGUAGUUUAUUUUAACACCAGGGUGAAGAAGACGGCGUGUUUCGAUCAUCUGGUUCAAGCCAAUGUGAGGAACAAGAAGGUGCUGAAGGACGCUGUGCAGAACAUCACAGCUAAAGGGAUUACAAACUACACAAAAGGCUUUGAGUUUGCUUUUGAGCAGCUCUCUGCGACAAAUGUUAGCAGAGCAAACUGCAACAAGAUCAUCAUGCUGUUUACUGAUGGAGGAGAGGAAAGAGCUCAGGCUAUACUGGAAAAAUACAAUGCUGACAAAAAGGUGAGGAUCUUCACCUUCUCAGUAGGACAACACAACUAUGAUAAAGGACCCAUUCAGUGGAUGGCCUGCUCCAACAAAGGUUACUUCUAUGAGAUCCCGUCCAUUGGGGCCAUCAGAAUAAACACGCAGGAGUACCUGGAUGUCCUGGGGAGACCCAUGGUUCUGGCAGACAAGCAGGCCAAACAAGUCCAAUGGACUAAUGUGUAUCUUGAUGCUCUGGAACUGGGUCUGGUCAUCACUGGAACACUCCCUGUCUUCAAUAAAACCAAGACCAAAGAUGACAGGAACGGCGAGAAUCAGUUGAUUCUUGGCGUAAUGGGGAUUGAUGUGUCUCUGGAUGACAUCAAGAAGCUCACACCACGCUUCACAAUUGGUCCAAAUGGAUACUACUUUGCCAUUGAUCCCAAUGGAUACGUCCUGUUGCACCCAAAUCUCCAGCCAAAGAAUCCUAAAUUCCAGGAACCUGUUACCCUUGACUUCCUUGAUGCUGAGCUGGAGAAUGACAUCAAAGUGGAGAUCAGGAGAAUGAUGAUCGACGGUGAGAUAGGCGAACGCACCAUUCACACCUUGGUGAAAACUCAGGAUGAGAGGUACAUAGAUAGAGGAGUGAGGACCUACACGUGGGCACCAGUCAAUGGAACAGAUUACAGCCUGGCUCUUGUUCUGCCUAAAUACAGUGAACACUUCAUUCAAGCUAAACUGGGGGAUGACAUGAAACAAGCGAUGUCUAUGGAGACCAUACAGCUGGACAAGUUUGAUGAGUUUGGUUAUACCUAUAUCGCUCCAAGGGGGUACUGCAAAGAACUGAAGUUGUCACUCAACAACACCCAGUUUCUUCUCGACUUCAACCAGUACAUUGAUAGGAACACUCCAGAUGCAUGUAAUGUGUCCCUUGUGAGUCGACUGAUCCUGGAUGCAGGUCUGACAGCUGAACUGGUUAAACUUUGGAACGAGCAGGCAGUGGAUGGGAUAGUGGCCAGGUUUGUAGCCACAGAUGGAGGAAUCACAAGAGUCUACCCCAGAAGCGCUGGGGAAGAGUGGACUGAGAAUCCGGAGACAUAUGAGUCCAGCUUCUACAAGAGGACCCUGGACAAUGAAAUUUAUAUUUUCACAGCUCCGUCUUUCAACAGUAACAAGGAGCCUGUUUCUGAGUCAGGUAUUCUAGUGAGCAAAGCAGUGGACCUCACCAUUGACAAAGUCACACUCAAACCAGCAGUGGUGGGAGUGAAACUCAAUAUCUCGUACUGGAUGAACACUUUCAUGAAUGCCACUCUGAAACUGAAUUGCAAGGAUGAGAUCUGUGGCUGUCUGAGGAAUGACAAGCAUGUGGAUUGUGUGAUCCUGGAUGAUGGAGGAUUUCUUCUCAUGUCCAAUCAGGAAGAGUAUAUCACCCAGAUAGGUCAGUUCUUUGGCGAGGUGGAUCCAGUGCUGAUGAUCAACCUAGUCAACACCUCCCUGUACUCCUUCAACAAGACCUAUGACUACCAGUCUGUCUGCGACCCAGAGAAAGACAGCAAGGCUGCGGCAGGACCCCGCUCCGUCUUUGUGCCUACCAUUGCAGACUUGCUCAGUAUUGGCUGGUGGGCCUCCAGUGCUGCCUGGUCAAUACUCCAGCAGCUCUUCUUUGGUCUCAUGUUCCCAAACCUUCUAGAGGCAGUGGAGUCAGCAGAUGAAGACAUACCAGAUGCCAUGUUUAAGGAGAGCUGUAUCACAGAGCAGACUCAGUACUUCUUUGACAAUGAUGAAAGAUCCUACUCAGGUGUCCUGGACUGUGGAAACUGUUCCAGGAUGUAUCGUGCCGAGAAGCUGCCUAACACCAACCUGGUGUUCCUGAUCACAGAUGCCAAGGCAACAUGUUUGUCGUGUGACCCCAGACCGCUACGACAGGCUGAACAACCCUCUGAAGGUCCAGAUCCAUGCGAGCUGGCUCAGAACCCCAGAUACCGUAAAGGGCCGGACGUGUGUUUUGACAACAAUGAAGACAAGAGGCCAGAAGACAUUCCAGUUAUACCAUCCAGGAUGUAUGCAGAGUAUUUGCGACAAGACUUUUUUUGAUGACCAGCCCAGCAUCAACAUUUCCAUUUUCCAAUGCCAAAGGGUGCUCAUUCAUUUCCUACUCAUCUUUUUCAAAAAUAGAGACACAUUUACUGUGCUCAGCUGCACUCAUUUCCAUGAUAUACUCAUAUAUUCACUAAAUACUCUCCAAUGGUGCAAGAGUAAGAGCUAACCAAACCCUUUAAUUCUGCCUCAUUUGUUUCCCUGACUUAUUUAGCGGAGGGUGAAGAGUUGUCCCACUAUGCCAACAAAAUAUCA